AUGGCGGUUACUGAGAUUGCCGAUCCUCAUUAUACGGGGUCUGAGAAGAACCCCCACAGCCAGACUGCUCCUGUCAACCCCCAGACCAACUUGCUGGGUCAGGGGAGUCCUGGUGUUCGCCGGAUCGAGGUUAUCAAUGAGAACUUCAGACUGGUUGAUCGCGUGUGUCUGUUUCUGUCGAUUUUCUUGAUCGCUUAUGUGUACGGCCUGGAUGGAACUGUUCGCUAUACUUACCAGCCAUAUGCUACCCAAAGUUAUGGCCAACACAGUCUACUCGCAACCAUCAAUGUCCUACGCGCUGUCAUCGCCGCUGCCGCACAGCCUACUGCAGCCAAGAUUGCAGAUGUUUUCGGUAGAGCAGAGCUGAUCUUGGUCUCUAUCGUUUUCUAUACCAUUGGAACAGUUGUUGAGGCAUGCGCUAAGAACGUGGAGACAUUCUGUGCCGGCGCUGUCAUCUACCAGAUUGGGUAUACUUGUAUGAUGCUUCUUGUCGAGGUCUUGAUUGCCGACGUGACGUCCACUCGAUCACGUCUUCUUUUCUCCUACAUCCCCGGUCUGCCAUUCAUCAUCAACACCUGGAUCAGCGGUAACUUGACUACCUCAGUGCUGAAGGUGACAACAUGGCAAUGGGGCAUCGGAAUGUUCGCAAUUAUCUUCCCCGUGUGCGCCAUGCCCCUGUUGGCGGUUUUGGUUAUUGUUGCUCGACGCACAAGGAAGAGUGGAGCUUUGGAAUCCUAUAAGAGCUCGUUUGAGCUUCUUGGUGGGCAGAAAUUAGCUUCUGAGCUCUUUUGGCACUUGGAUGUUAUUGGGAAUAUCUUGCUCAUCGGUAUGCUGGCUUGUAUUCUUGUUCCAUUCACUCUUGCUGGUGGUGUGACGUCGCAAUGGAAGACUGCUAAGGUCAUUGCACCUCUUGUUGUGGGCUUUUGUUUGAUUCCUGCUUGGGUUUACUGGGAGCGGACUUGCAAAUAUCCCAUGUUGCCUUUCAAGCUUCUUCGAGACCGCGCUGUUUGGGGUUCGAUUGGUAUUGCUGUUAUGCUUAACACCGCAUGGUACUUGCAGGGAGACUUCUUGUACACAGUUCUCAUCGUCAGCUUCGACGAAACAGUCACCAGCGCAACUCGAAUCACCUCUCUCUACAGCUUCGCUUCCGUUCUCACUGGUGUCUUCAUUGGAUUCGUGGUCCUGAAACUGCGCCAGUUGAAGCCCUUCAUCGUCUCCGGCACGGUCCUCUUCAUGGUUGCCUUUGGUAUUCUCAUUUACUUCCGUGGAGGUGCCGCAGGCUCUAGUCACUCUGGCGUUAUUGGUGCCCAAGUCUUGCUGGGUAUUGCUGGCGGUAUGUUCCCAUACCCAGCGCAAGCCAGUAUCCAAGUCGCGACCAAGCACGAACACCUUGCCGUUAUCACUGGUAUCUACCUAGCAUCCUACAACAUCGGCAGCGCGCUAGGAAACACCAUCUCCGGCGCAAUCUGGAACCAAGUCCUUCCCAAUGAACUGAUCCGCCACGUCGGCAACGAAACCCUCGCCGCCGAAAUCUACGCCGCCCCUCUCGCCUUCGCUGUCGCUAAUCCGGUUGGGACUCCCGACCGUGACCAUGCUAUUCUCGCCUAUAAGCAGACUCAGCGUCUGCUUUGCAUCACGGGUAUUUGUCUGACUGUGCCUUUGAUUGCGUUUGCUUUGUGUAUUCGUAACCCAACUCUUACCAAGGAACAGACUUUGGCGAAGGCUGAGGAGAGUAGCAGUGAUUCUGAGUGA